AUGGCUGUUGGGAUGACGAUUUCGGUAAAUGGCUUGAAUUUCUACUCAUCUGUUCGACAGCAGAAAGGUUUUGUUUCUGUUAAAGCUGGAGAUAGUUUGACUCUGCAGUGUUUCUACGAAGAUGUUGUUGAUGCCCGGUUUUACUGGUACAGACAAAACCUGGGGUCGAAACCAAAGCUGAUUUCAACCUUCUACAAGUAUGAAACCAAUGGAAUUUUCUACGAUGAGUUCAGAAACAAUCCACGCUUUGCACUGGACACAGCAAAGGGUAAAUAUCACCUGAAGAUAACAAAUCUGAGCAUUUCAGACACAGCCACUUAUUACUGUGCGAGCAGCUAUCUUUAUAGGUUUGAAUUUGCAGAGGGUACUACAGUGACUGUGAAAGGUUCAGGCUCUAACAUCCAGACUUUAGUCCAUCAGUCAGUAUCUGAGACGGCCCACUCAGGAGGUUCUGUGACUCUGAAAUGUAUGGUACAAAGUGGAACGUGUGAUGGAGAACACAGUGUUUACUGGUUCAGAAACACUGAAGGAUUUCAUCCAGGAGUCGUCUACACACACGGAGGUAGGAAUGGUCUGUGUGAGAGGAAACCCAACACAUCAUCACAAAACUGCGUCUACAAGCUGCCCGUGACAAACCUGAACGAGUCUCACACCGGUACUUACUACUGUGCUGUAGCCGUAUGUGGACUCUUACUGUUUGGAAACGGGACCAAGCUGGACUUCAAAUAUAAAGAUGACUUUCUCACUUAUAUCUGGAGUGGAGUCUUUCCAUGCACCUUCAUCCUGGGUGUUUUACUGGUCCUCUCAGUGUGUCUGAUGAGCAGAGCAAACAGCUGCAGGUGUUCAGCAGCAUCUGAAGAGGGAUCGUCACAUCUCCCAUUAGCAGAGGAUUACCAACGUGCAGCAAAGCUUUAUUAUGGUGCUUUAACUGUGAUAACCAACAGAUCAGCUGAGGAUCCUGUCUGGACUGAAUGUGUGUACCACGAGAUAAAACGACACAAAUAA